AUGAUGGCAUAUCCAUCAGGUUGUAUCAAUGGUGCUGGACAAAUUCGUAGCAUUGAUGUUAAUUUAAAUGAUGUUCGACAGAUGUAUGAAAGAUUACCACAUCUUAAUCAACCAUUAAAUUUGAGAAUAGAUGAUAAUCAUAUUCCAUUAUUUACUGAAUAUCAUUCGAUUGAAAAAAAAUAUAUAAACAAUAACAAAGAGAAAUAUGUCAGUUGGAGACUUAGCACCUUAUAA